AUGGCGGAAAGAAAGGGAGGAAACUCGAGUGGCUGGAUGGAUGAGUCUGGAGAAAAGUCGAACGGUUACGCCGUGGUUCCUGUGUCUCUGUUCUGCGAGCAAUAUGCGGUCUCAAAAGAGGUUAGAAAGACGUUUGGGCUGUAUAAUAACGGCGUGAGAGCAAUCAGCAGGACUGAGUUCGAACAGUUGAAGGUUGGUUUGAAAUCUUGUAUGGCGAAAAGGCAGCGAGAGGCGGACGCACUGUGGCAGUCGAAGAAGAGAUACUCGCUGGCGGAGUCGCUGGAAGGCAAUACACUGGGAUCGGGCUAUUCCCUCAACGGUUCACAUACGCUUAUAUUGUCCUCAGAUAUGCUGCACAGCGACCUGGAACCGCACUAUUCUGCGAGUCGACAAGGCGGCAACGAAAUGCUGGUCUCUGAAGACAACGAGGAAACCGGGGGGAGGCGGCUCGAGACUCAGAUGCAAAUGCUGGCCUCCUCAGCUGGUUCAAUAGUGUCUGUCCCAGAAGGUUCUGCCUGUACUCGUAUCGAUAGCAAGCGCUGCUUUAUUCUCCUUUCGGAGACUUCCUAUGAUAGGAACAGCAGUCCUCCACUGCAUGAUUAG